AUGAAUCUCCAAACAAUUGUAAUAUUAAGCGCCUUCUUCCUGUGUGAUGCGAAAAUGCCCAGAUAUAAACAACCAAAUGAAUUACCAACGAACUCACAGAACUCGCAAUCAUUACGAUUAUUACAAGCCGAAAACAAAAACGAGAAAACUAGCCGAAUAAUCGAUCAGUAUAGAACGAGACAUAGGAGAGAAUCUUUUGACUCGAAAUCGUACGAGUCUGGCUUAAUAUGGACACACACAGAGCGGCUAGAUGAAAACGGUGACGUAAUUUUACGUUGGGUGAAUACAGAUUCUAGCAUAACAUUCAGAUUGGAGGCGAGAACACGUGGUUAUGCCGCCUUAGGAUUCAAUUCAGUGGGGAAUAUGAGAGGGGCUGAUAUGGUAGUCGCUUGGGUGGACGACAGACGCGGGAACGCUCAGAUUUUGGAUUGCCACGGUCUCGCGUUCGAUGACCGCGCGGUCGCAGACGAGGUACAAAACUAUGAGCUGAUAUCUGGCUAUCAAAACGAUACACACACGACUGUGGAAUUCAGACGACAGUUAGACACUUGCGAUCGACAGGACUUUGUCAUUGGCGAAGAUACAACUCAAGUUCUUUGGGCGUUAGGACCAGACGGUUCUGAUGGGGAACUUCCAAGGCAUGUAAAUAGCGGCUCGCGACCACUACGCUUAUUGCAGCCGAUGUCAAAGCCGGAGUUCAUUCCGCUGAAGCAUUGGGAUGUCAAGAUACGUAAUCUCACAAUCCCUCACGUUAUGGCAACAUUAUUCUGGUGUAAAGUAUUCAAAGCUCCAGAUUUACCGAGCAAGCACCAUAUAAUUGGUUACGAGCCACUCAUAGAUAGCAGGCCUAUCAGAAAUGGGAAGCCAGUACAGGAAAAAAACAGUCUUUCUCCAGUACAUCAUAUGGUUUUAUAUGAAUGUGCAGAGGACCAUGAUAAAAGGCAAUGGAAUGAAUGGGCAGAGAGUGAUAACGACGGUUUCUUUGGGCCAAGUCGUCCAGGAGAGCUUGCAACGUGUGUCACGCCGAUUGCCGCAUGGGCUAUGGGUUCCAAGGGUGAAUUUCUGCCUGAGAAUGUCGGCAUCCCGCUAGGUGAGAAAGGAGGAGUCUCCUACUACAUGUUAGAGGUUCAUUACGACAAUCAAGCGCUUCAUGAAGUAUUAGAUAACUCUGGUAUAAGAAUCCACUACACUCCAUCACUACGACCUCACGACGCGGGCUUACUUGGCGCAGGCAUCGGCGUGUCUGCACUACACGUCAUACCUCCUAAACAACGUGCAUACAGAACUAUUGGUGUAUGCAGCCCGGAAUGCACUAAUAAUACUAUGCCAGAGGAAGGAAUCAAUAUUGUAUCAGUGCUGUUACACGCUCAUGGAACCGCUCGAAAAAUUUCAUUAAAGCACAUUCGAGGCACGGAAGAACUUCCCAGAAUAUCCGAGGAAAAUAGCUACGACGCCCGCUAUCAGCAAUCCCGGAUAGUUCCCGGAGGAAGGAGGUUCUUUAGAGGCGACACAAUGAUCACUGAGUGUACUUACGACACAACGUCACGAGAUAAGCCCACACUAGGUGGCUAUUCUGCGACACAGGAAAUGUGCUUGUCAUUCGUGCUGUACUACCCUCGCACGGAGCUCGCCGGCUGCUACUCGAUGACGCCUGUAGUUGAGUUCUUCGAAACGUUCGGCGUUAAAGAAUUCUACGGCCUUAGUAUGAUCCAAGUUGAAAACAUAUUUUUGUUCUCUGGCAUUGAUGGUCUAAGUCCUGAGCUCGAAGCGGUUAUAAAAGAACAAAGCGAAAAAGAAACAGCAAUGCAAGGAGACGACCAAGGAGUUGGCUUGAUGAAGGGUCUAGUCAUAAAGGAGCCUACAGAAUUCCGAAACAAAACGUUCAUGGCGCAUUUGGACGAGAUGCCCUGGUACGAGCCGCUGUUCACUGACAAAAUACAAAAGACGUUAUACACCGUCUGGUACAUGACCUUCUGUAAGAAACGCGACGACAGCUGGGGCUCUCCAAUCCAGAUAUUAAGCUAUCCGAACUACACUGCACUCACGAGCAACGAAGCAUCCGAAAAGUCUUGCAACUACAAAAGUGUGAUAUUGCCUUCAGUUACAAGUACUUCUGGUUCUAGCAUAAACAAAAUUUCAGCCAUUUUGACUGUAUGCCUCUUGAUCAUUCUCACACGG